CCUCCUAAAUUUCUAUGCCCCCAAUCAUCUUCCAGCCGCCUCCCACCUCCUCUCCUCGAAUUCCGGCGCCGGCCAACCCCUCAAGUGCCACUUGGCGCCGCUCAACUGGCCAGCCGCCGUGGGUCAGGCGCUCCCCACCUCUCCCGUGGUGCCACGUCGCCCAACCACCUCCUCCCACCGCUGUGGCCCUGCCAGGCCCAUCCGCAGCCCAUCCCGGGCCGAGAUGGGCCCGAGCCGCCACCGCCCGGGAUCCCUUGCCUGCUCCAGCAUGCGCGCCGCCGCCUCCGAUCCGGAUCGGGAGAGCCCCGAUCCCCUCCCUCGUGUUCCUGCCGUCUCCGCCGCCUGGCCUCCCGCCGGUGACCACCGCCGCCAUGGAUGCCAUGGUGCCGCCGGAGUUUGCCGCUGACGCCAGGAACGGAGAGUCAGCUCCAGAUCCGGCCACUGGAGCUCGGCCUCAGCCUCCUCCUUGCCUCCUCGACCCCCCGGCGACCCGCCUUGCCAAGCCGCCGCUACCACCAUUGCCCUGCUCAGGCUCGAGCUGAACAACGGUUCGAUCCCCUGCAUCCCCUGCUUCGUGGUCGCGUUGACCAAGGCCCAACCUACCCUUGGCCCAUCCGCGCAGACCUAGCAGCCGCACCAGAUCCACUAGGCCAGCCGGCCUGCUAAGGCCCGCGGUGUGCAGCCCAGUUCUUCUUAGAUUCAGCCCAUAGCUGUUUUUUUCUGUGCACUGCGAAUUUGUCUAUUAUUCCAGAGAUGACUGUUUUACAGGAAAGUCCCUAUUCUUCAUGCAUUUAAUAACUUCACAACUGUGCAUCGGAUUAAAAUGUUUUAUAUAUGAAACUUGCUUAGAAUUUUGUCUAGAUUCAUAAUAUCCAACUUUCAUCCAUGUUCAAAAUGUUUAAA